AUGGCAUUGUUAGCCUCCCUUCCCUCCAGCCCGUGGGUCCAGAGCCUCGUGGCCCUUGGCUUGCUGCUCCUGACAAAGCUUGUUUGGGAUAAUUUCCUGUCGCCUUUGAGAAGUAUUCCGGGCCCGCUCCUGGCCAAGAGUACCAACGUUUGGCGUGCCUAUCACACCCAUCAGGGAUGUGUUGAUCGCAAGCAUGUAGAGCUGCAUCUUCGAAUCGGGCCCAAUUGCGUGAGCAUCUCGGACCCCAGUUUGAUCCGCACUAUUUACUCCACACGCAAUCCAUGGAAGAAGAGUGAUAUGUACCGCCCGAACGAUGUCUUGAUCGAGGGUCACCGAUUGUCCAAUUUAUUCAACACCCAAGACGAUGAUUGGCAUGACCAGAACAUUCGACCUAUUCGGAGUCUGUGGAGCAUGACAAAGGUCCUGGAAUAUGAACCUCUUAUCGACGAGACCCUGAACAAGUUCGUGGCGAAGCUUGCGGCCAAAUUUGUGGACGGCGCAAAUGCGGGGACCAUCUGCCCUGCCGAUGAAUGGAUUGGGUUCUUUGCCUGGGAUGUCACGGCCAACUUCAGCUUCGGUCGCCACUAUGGCUUCAUUGAUCAGGAGAAGGAUGUAGACAACCUCAUUACCGAUUCUACUGAUGGUUUGAUCUACUUCGCACCCGUCUCUCAAAUCCCAUGGGUUGACAACCUCCUCGACAAGAACCCGAUUAGGCGAAUCGGCCCCAAGCCAACCCUGACCGGAGUCCUCUACGCCUUCAAAGUCGUCGCUGAAUACCAAGCCCAGCUCGCCUCGAAAACAAUCACCGCUGGCACCGUUGACCACACCCUUGACAAAUACGUCCAGCUGAAAGAAACCCACCCGGACAUGGUCAAUGACCAACAAAUCGUUAACUGGCUGAUGCUCAGCAUCCUCGCUGGUGGCGACACAAGCUCUGCGACCAUGCGCGCCAUCGUCUACUACCUCUCCAAGUCUCCCUCGGCAACUGCAAAGCUCGUUGCCGAGCUCAAGGAAGCUACUCUCGCCACCCCUGCCCCCUGGAAGUCAAUCCGGGAUCUGACCUACCUGGACGCCGUCAUCCGCGAAGCAAUGCGCAUUAACCCCGGCAUCGCUAUGAUCUUCGAGCGUGUUGUUCCGGAAGGUGGAUUCACACUCCCUGAUGGACGGUAUAUCCCAGCUGGAACUAAAAUUGGCAUCAACCCCUCCGUCACGAACCGCGACUAUGAAGUCUUCGGAGACGAUGCGGACAACUUCAACCCGGACCGCUGGCUACAGGGCAAGAACGAAAGCGACGAGCACUUCGAGUCUCGUUCGAGGCGCAUGAAAGAUACCGUUGACUUUGUCUUUGGUGGUGGUGGCCGGAUCUGCAUGGGUCGGUAUCUGGCUGUGCUAGAGAUCAAGAAGUUGAUUGCUACAUUGUAUAACUUGUUUGAUGUGAGUGAAUACUUGGAGACUGAGAAACGGCGCGGAGCUAACUGGUAUCAGAUUCAAUUGGUGGAUCCGAAACAUGAGUGGACCUACAGGAAUGCCUGGUUCGUGUACCAGUAUGAUAUGCCUAUGACCAUCCGUCGUCGAUAG